UUUUUCAAUAAAUUGUUAUAGAAAUUCAUAAAAUGGAAAACUCUGCUCUCAUCAUCGUUGAUGUUCAAAAUGAUUUUUGCGAAGAAGGAUCUGUUCCUGUAUAAAAAGCUUCUGAAAUCAUUCCAAAAAUUAAUAAAGUUAGAAAAUACUUCAAAAAUGUUAUUUUCACGAAAGAUUGGCAUCCAGAAGAUCAUGUCUCUUUCAAAAUAAAUCAUCCAAAUUUGAAUGAACUGACUAAAGAUGAAGUUUAAAAUCUCUGGCCUGUUCAUUGUGUUUAAAAUACUUAUGGAUCAGAAUUACACAAAGAUAUAUAAAUAGAAAAUGGUGACAUAAUUGUUCUAAAAGGAAAAAAUUCAAAAUAUGAUAGCUAUAGUGGAUUUGGAUGCAAAGAAGAUAAGACAAACUUACAUCAAAUUGUAUUUAUUAUUUAAAUUAUUUAGCUUCAAAACUUGAAUGUGAAUACAAUUUAUGUUGGUGGACUAGCCUUAGAUUAUUGUGUUCUUUUUACAGUUAUUGAUGCUAUCAAAUUAGGUUAUAAAGUAAAGGUUUUAAAGGAUUGCUCUUAAGCGAUUGAACCUGAAAGUGCCAAAACUAAAAUAAACUCAUACUUUGCUGAACUACGCCGAUAAGACAACACAAUUUUGGAAAAUUCUUUACAGAUUUUCACUUCUUGUGAAGUAGAGCAAUGACUAUACUUAUAUAUAUAUAUAAUAUUUUAACUAAUCUAAC